UAAGACCAACCUAGUCCUCUACGCGUUUGGCUGUUGGUUCCAACGCGAUCAUUCUUAUUCAACUUGUCCCGCACUUGCGCUCCGUAUGUAUUGCGCAUUGCCCACUGCCUAGUACACUUACACUUAUACAUACACUGUACAUCUCAUCACCGAAUAUAUGAUCAUGCGGGUGUGAUGGUUGUUAUUCUAGAGAUAUUCUGCCAAAGGAAACUAAGUCGACCAUAUUACCAACACCUGUAAAGGCAAGAGUCGACAAUGCCGCCCGCGACCCAAUCUCAGAGACGGCGCAGAACGGUUAAUCAAGAGGAUUCCGAUGCCUCCGAUGACGACCAUGAUGGCGAUGUUGAGAUGGAUCGAGCAGCAGACGGUACAGGAGAUCAAUUAGUCAAGAAACUUGUGCGAUACGCCCUCGCAUGUGAAUAUGCGAGAAUACCUAUCAGGAGAGACGGCAUUAGAGACAAGGUCCUCGGAAGCAAUGCGAGAUCCUUCAAGGCUGUCUUUGAGGGCGCUCAGGAUAAGCUGCGAACCGUCUUCGGUAUGGAGAUGGAGGAGCUCCCCGUUAGGGAAAAGCGUACGCUGAAGGAGAAGCAGAAGGCGAAUGCCAGAAAGGCAGCUUCCCAAGGUUCCACGUCCUCCCGCCAGUACAUCCUAGUAUCUGUCCUGCCGCGCCAAUACAAAUCCCAGGUCAUCGUCGCCCCAUCACGUAUACCUAGCACUGCCGAAGAAGCAGCAUACGUCGGAUUUUAUACCAUGGUCAUCUCAUUGAUUGUGCUUAACGGAGGAGAACUGAGCGACAACAAGCUGAGACGAUACCUGACCCGUCUGAAUGCGAGUCAGAAUCUACCAAUGGACAAGACCGACAACGUGUUGCAGAAGAUUGUGAGACAGGGAUAUGUUGAUAAAGUGGUGGAGAGAAGCGAGGGGGACGAGGACACGGUGACCUGGUGUAUCGGCACCCGAGGAAGAAUCGAGGUUCCGCCGGAGAGCAUCGCCGCUGUUGUCGCCGAAGUCUGGGGCGAGCUGCCGGAUGAUUUCAACAAGAAAAUCGAACGGAGUUUGGGAAUACAGGAUUUCCUCCGGCUGGAAGUCGGCGAUGACCUCCCCGAUGUUGAGGAGGAGGAGGAAUGAGGAUAAAUCAAAUUAUUACUAUGCUCAAUCCAAAGUGUUCAUUUUUAGCUUCCCAAUAACGCCGAUGUCCAUGCAAUUUCCACUUGAACUGAUCUCACGUAAAAUUCCCCCCAUCUUGAUCAGCCCGAGGAUUAUUUAGAAUAAUUCAAUGCGGCGGCUUCCUGUCAAGGCUCCAACUAUUCAGUCAUUCUUUGUAUAGGCUCUUCGCCUUCUCGCGGGGGAGGAGGGCCAGAGGGCUGUAUCAUCUUGCGUAGAAGCUGAGCUCGGACUUUGGCGGCAGGUUCGUUCUGGGCAAGCGAUAUAUAAGCUAGAUGAGGAGGGUGGCCGACGAUGCUCGAGUAGGUGUCGCGCGAAACGUUGGUUCUCCAUUCCCACGAAGUCGUGUCCGGGUGACCGGUUCCGACGUACUUGGCCUGCAAUCGCUCUAGCUCCUGCUGGGUGCGCAACUUGUCCGCCAUGAUUCUUGGAUUGUGUAAUGGGGUUUAACUGUGACUGUGUAUGACUUUGCGUUGUUGUUAAGAGA